ACUGCUCGAAUCCAUCCAUCCAAGCUCAACCACCUAGGUACCAGACCAUACUUAUUUUCUUCCACAUGCAAAACAUCUUCAAUCGCUCUUCCUCUCACAAUAUAAUUACAACCCAUAAACAUGUCAUCCAAUCCCCCCUCUGAAACGCCAUCGCGCACCACAACACCAAAUCCACAAUCGCGAUUCACAUCGCAAUCGAAAACCGUCGAAGAUGUUCUUAGUACGCAAACUGUAGGAUUAGUUAAAUUAUCUGAUUUUAGGAAACGGAGGGCUGAGGCUGUGGAGAUGAAGGAGAGAGAUGCGCAGGAGAUGGGUAGUGGAAGGAGUGGGACGAGUACACCUGUGGGGGAUGGGUGAGUUUGGCUUAUUUCUUUUGUGCUUAGAGUUGGAGUGAAGAUGGUUUAGUUUAUUCCUAUUGCGCUUGAGUUGGAGUGAAGAUGGAGGGCUGGGAUUGAGAUGGAUUGAAGAUUUGGAUGGAUCGAUGAAUUGAACAAGAUGAUUAAGAUGAAUAGGACUAAUAGCAUUAGUACAGUGCCUCCACACCCAGCGAUACUCAAUCAGCUCCCCCAAAGAAAAAGAAAAAGAAAGUAGGAACCCCCAAACUUUCAUUUGGAAUGGAUGAGGAAGAAGGCGAAAAUAAUGGCAUCGAUUCCGAACCCUCACGAUCUGACACUCUCGAUACUUCAAAUAAAAAGAAGAAAAUUGGCGUUAAUUCAAACGUUUCAUUCGUACCGAAAAGUCUUACCAAAUCGGCAUUAUUGAAAGAAGCGCAAACGAGGGAAUCGUUACGGAAAGAAUUUUUGGCAAUUCAAGAAGCGGUUAAGGCGACGGAAAUAGCUAUUCCAUUUGUGUUUUAUGAUGGAACGAAUAUACCAGGUGGAGUUGCGAGGGUGAAGAAGGGAGAUUUCAUUUGGGUCUUUUUGGAUAGGAGUAGAAAGGUUGGAGCAGAGUUAGGGGUUGGAGAGAAGACGAAUAGUAACAGAGAGUGGGUAAGAGUGGGUGUGGAUGAUUUGAUGUUGGUUAGAGGGGGUUUAAUUAUUCCUCAUGUGAGUUGGUUUGUCUUUAACGUGUAUGUUUGGAUUUGAUUGGAUAUGAUGCUGAUGAUCUUGGGUUUUAGCACUACGAUUUCUACUAUUUUAUCAUAAAUCGCACUCUUGGACCGAACAACCAAAUUCUCUUUCCCCAUAGUUCCUCACCGCCUCCUACGGCUUCAAUAACUCCUCUCGACACCGACUCCCCUAUUCCAGAUUCCUAUAACCCGCUUUCACGUCCUUCCGCCUCUAGUGGCACUAAGACCCCCGCAACCAAAGUCGAGGAAUUAGAGGGAUUCAAUGAUGAUCCAACGUCUACCAAAGUAGUUGAUCGUAGAUGGUAUGAGAGGAAUAAACAUAUAUAUCCAGCUAGUGUGUGGCAAGAAUUUAAUCCCGAGAAGGAUUAUCAGACGGAAGUUAAGAGGGACGCAGGUGGAAAUGCAUUUUUCUUUUCUUGAAAAGAUGCUCGAUGGUUUUGGUGUUGGAAUAUCGAACAUUGAGAAGUGGAUGAUGAGCUGGCGGACAUUUGUAUAUCAGUGAGAUUCGGGUCUAGGUCCCAUUUAAUUGGAUGGACGGAUGCAUAGAUAAAUGAGUAGAUUUGGAGUUUCGAGGGGGUAAGACAUGAGACCUGGAUAGAAAAUGAAAUAUUAGCACUGGAUAUCCAAUUGAAUAAUAUGAAUGCAAUCGCAGAAUUCUAGGUUCUUCCUUACCUUGUUGCUUGUCCUUGUCGUUGUCAUUCUCCAUUCUCCCAUCCUUUCAGCUUCCCCUAAUUGAAACGUUCAUUCCCCUCUAAACAACCAAUCACUCCGUCUUCCCUCCAAACUUCCCCAACCCGAACAAUCGGUCCCUUUUCCCUUCUCCCAAUUCAUCCCCUCACCCCAAACCCACCACCACCCCCAACCACCCCAAGAAUC